CUCCUCCUCUGCCUCCGACUCAGCCCUCCUUCGGCUUCCCCUCCCCUUCCUUCGUCCUUCCCAAAACACCCCUCGUCAUCUUCCUCCACUUCUACGAGGUCCCCAUUCUUCCCAUUAUACCCCUCUCCUCCUCCGCCUCCUCCUACCCCUUCUCUCCCCACUUUCCCAGCGAAUCUGUCUUCUAUAGCUUCCCCUUCCCGUAAUACCCCCCUCUCCUCCAAACUUAUUCCCAUAAUAGCCCUCCCCGUUCUCGGCCUCAUUCUCUUUGUUUUUAACGGCGCACCUUUCGUUCGUCCUUCGCCGGAAACGCGAGCUCGUAAGGGUGGCGGGGACGCCAGGAUCCGAUAUCAGCCGCUGGUCCCACCCGACGCCACGUCAUCGUCCGACACGAGCAAGCUAGCGGUCACGUCAGCCCAGCGGCCCCGUUGGCACCUCCGGCGAGGUGCGGCCCCGCCGCCGCCGGCGGAAUCCGCCGGAGGCUCCGCCCCUGCCGGCCUCUCUCCGCGCCAGGCUCGCCGGAGCUUUUCCUCUGACGAGGAGUUCUACUCGCCCAGGGACGGUAGGUCCCCCGGUGCUGGGGCCCGUAAGCCCAAAUAUGGGUCCCACUCUCCGGCGUCGACGCUGAGCACGCCGACCUCCUCGCCGGCGAGUUUCAUCCCUCCUCCGCCUCCCCCGCCUCCGCCAAAAAAUCGCUUCUUUUUAGGAAAAAAUGAGCAAAAGCAGCCAUUUUACCCAUUUGCCUCCAGUCCGCCACGUAGGCAAGCGCCUCCGCCACCUCCGCCUCCUCCCCCUCCUGUGCAAAUCUGGGGUGGCGAGGCACCAAAGACCGCAAAUUUACAGCCACCAGUUCUCACUCCUCCAAAAUCUGCGGUGGCCGAGGUCGUUUCUGAUGGAUCAACGGAGAAUUCAGAUGAAGGGAGCAAAUUCGAAGAGUACAGAAGGCCAAAGUUGAAGCCUUUGCAUUGGGACAAGGUUCGAGCGAGCUCGGAGAGGGCAAUGGUUUGGGAUCACUUGAAGUCAAGCUCAUUCCAGCUGAAUGAGGAGAUGAUGGAGACACUGUUUGGUUGUGAUUCAACGAAUGGGGUAGUAAAUGGGAGGAGGAAGGUGGUGUCAAGCUCAGUGCAGGAGAAUGCAGUGCUUGAUGCGAAGAAAUCACAGAAUAUUGCUAUUUUGUUGCGGGCCUUGAAUGUCACUAAGGAGGAAGUUUGUGAAGCACUUUUGGAAGGUAAUACUGAUAGCUUGGGAAAUGAACUCCUAGAAACAUUACUAAAAAUGGCUCCAAGCAAAGAAGAAGAAAUUAAACUGAGGGAAUACAACGAUGAAUCCCCAUACAAGCUUGGACCAGCAGAAAAAUUUCUCAAGGCGAUGCUUGAUAUACCAUUUGCUUUCAAAAGAGUUGAUGCUAUGCUUUAUAUUACGAAUUUCGAAUCCGAGGUUCAUUAUCUUAUGAGCUCAUUUGAAACUCUUGAGUUAGCCUGUGAAGAGUUGAGGAAUAGUAGAUUAUUCCGGAAACUUCUCGAUGCUGUGCUAAAAACUGGUAACCGAAUGAAUGUCGGAACAAACCGUGGCGAUGCUCAAGCCUUCAAGCUCGACACUCUCCUCAAGCUCGUUGAUGUCAAAGGCACAGAUGGAAAAACCACCCUCCUUCACUUCGUCGUCCAAGAAAUGUCAAGAACUGAAGGUUAUCGUGCCUUCGCUAUGAAUCAGUCCACCACCAAACACGAAAACAAGACCCUAAGGGAUGAUCUCGACUGCAGAAAGCUCGGGCUUCAUGUAGUUUCAGGACUUGGGUCAGAGCUCAGCAAUGUAAAAAAGGCAGCCACGAUGGACGCUGAAAUCCUCAGCAACUAUGUCUCAAAACUCUCCAUAGGUAUCGAAAAGAUCAGAGAAGUCAUGAGGUUUAAUGAAACCAGUCAGCGUUUUCACGAAGCCAUGAUCGUGUUCUUGCGAAAAGCAGAAGGUGAGAUUACAAAGCUCCAAAGCCAAGAAGGUGUCGCUCUAUCUCUUGUAAAGGAGAUAACUGAGUAUUUCCAUGGGGACUUGGCUAAGGAAGAAGCACACCCGUUCAGAAUUUUCAUGGUAGUCAGGGAUUUCUUAGCAAUUCUUGAUCAUGUCUGCAAAGAUGUAGGUAGGGUUAAUGAGAGAAGCUUUGUGAGCUUUGCUCACCAGUGCCCGGUGACUGUGAGCCCUGGGAGGUCACCGGUGUUCCCCUCUGAUGAUGAGAGUUCUUCGACAUCCUCAUUGUCAUCUUAGGUCGCUUGGUGCAUGUUUUUGUGCAUGUUAGUCCAAAGGGCUACCUAGGUGUGUUUUAUGACUUAUAUACUGUACUGCAUGUAUCCGAAGUAAGCUCCAGGGUUGGAGAAAUCUUGUAAAUUGUUAGCAAGUAUUUAGCUUGUACUACACUAGGUUUAUGUACUUGAAUGCAUUGGUUUGUAGCAACCGCUGGUUAGAGCUCAUCUUUUAA